AUGAAGCUCUCGCAGAUAUGGAACCGCGCCGUGGCUCUGUCCGGGCUGCAGUUGCUUCAGACAGCUCUUUGCGCGCCGGACGAUAGCGACUCCCAGUCUCCUGCCUCAGUUGUGCUGAACGUGCAGAAGGAUGGCGGCAAUCACACGAGUCCGCUGCUGUACGGCAUCAUGUUUGAGGAAAUGGAUCACUCCGGCGACGGCGGAAUUCACGGACAAUUGCUGCAAAACAACGGCUUCCAGGGCUCCAACCCGGGACUGACGGCCUACUGGGCUAUCGGCGACGUGGAUAUUUUGCAAGACGAGGCCAAUCCUCUCAGCAGCGCCAUCCUCUCGACUCUGCAGGUGCAGGUAUCGCCGGAAGAGACCGAGCUCGUCGGUUUUGCCAACGGAGGCUACCAGGGCGUGCCAGUGAUGAACGCGACCUACCGAUGUGAAUUCUGGAUGAAGGGCGAAUACUCCGGCCGCGUCACGCUGCAGCUGGUGGGAACAUCCAGCGGAACUGUCUUUGCGUCGCAUGGCAUCACGACGAACAGCACCUGGCGACGAUUCACCUGGUACGAGGCAGCCUUCAAUGCCACCGCUUCCCCCGACGGCGACAACGAGUUUCGACUCUUGUUUGACGGCUCGAAGGUCCCAGGGAUGUCCCUGAAUUUUGGCCUGGUGCAGCUGUUCCCGCCGACGUAUCAUGACAGAGCCAAUGGCUUGCGAAACGACCUGGCGACAGUGCUGGAGGCGAUCAAACCGUCGUUUUUGAGGUUUCCCGGAGGUAAUAAUCUCGAGGGACUGGAGAUUGACAGCCGAUGGGCCUGGAAUCGUACGAUCGGUCCGGCAGUCGAUCGACCAGGAAGAGACAGUGACUGGUUCUACCCCAACACCGACGCGUUAGGACUGGAUGACUAUCUCUGGUGGUGUGAAGACAUGGGCAUGGAGCCGGUGCUGGCUGUCUGGGACGGCAAAUCGUACGGGGGCAUCUUGGUUGGAUCUGACCUUCAACCGUACGUGGACGACAUCAUGAACGAACUCGAGGUAGGUGUCGCACAGCUGUCAUAA